UUUAUUUAUGUUAAAAUUGUUCAAUUGCAAUAUUUUAAUUGAUCCAUGCCUAUGAGAUUAAGUACCUUGUGAGUAAAGUUACAUACACGGUACAUAGAACAUACUUUCACGAUACCGUUCUUCGAACUGUCGACAUAAACCAAUUAAAAUAUUACAAUUAAUUAAAUGCUUCAAAUAUCCUAGCUCAGUUCUUUUGGUAUACUAGCUAGCUUUCCUGAUAUAUAGCCACAGCUAAGCAUUAUUUUACUUCUUUGGAAUAUUUCAUUUCUACUAUAUUCUUCCACGCGGUAUAUAAAUAGAAGUAGGGGUUCGUGAUGAUUGAUUUAUUUUAGUUUAUUUAUCAAUGGCUGCAGGAUUUGAGAGUUAUUACUACAUCAUAUUUCUGCUGGUCUUGGUCACUGCUGACGUGGAGGGUGAAACGAAUGGGUUCAUCUCAGCCGUCGGUGAUCCGGGGAUGAAAAGGGAUGGGCUGAGAGUGGCGAUCGAGGCAUGGAAUCAGUGCAAUGAGGCUGGAGAGCAGGUCAACGGCUCGGUAAGCCCCAGAGCUGCCGAUUGUUUUGAUGUGCAUAGCAAUCCUUCUUGUUCUUCUCAUUCUCAUCAAGGUAUUCCACAUAUUAGAUCCAAUGUAAUUUCCUUUUUGGGAAAUGAAAAACUGUUCUCUUUACAAUUUGAAGCACAAAGUGAAAGAACGUGAUAAUAUGCUAGGAAUUGGGCAAGCUCUUCCCCAGUUGGAUCCCAAAGAUCUGUACAACCCAGACAUUUAUGCUUAUGAGAAAGAGAUCUACUUGGGCUCAAAGUGUGAAGUGAAAGAAAAUGAUGCAAAACCAUGGCAGUUCUGGAUGAUCAUGCUCAAGAAUGGCAACUUGGACACCACCACCGGUCCCACAGCAAAGUGCCCCAAAAAUGGCAUAAAAGUACCUCCAUUUAGAGAGCCUAAAUUCUCUUGCUUUGGAGAAGGGUGCAUGAAUCAGCCCCGGAUUAACCACAGUUACACAGCUCUCUCACCAGGGCCUAAUAGUUCCCUCAUGGGCAGCUUUUACGGUACAUGGGAUUUGAGUUCCUCUGUGGGAGGGGUAAAAGGGAAUAUGUCGGGCGACAACGCCUCCUUCUUUUCCGUAAUGUGGCGGAAAGAUGUCGGAAAGGGAAGUUGGACUUUCUAUAAUAUUUUGAGGACUUCACAAAACUUUCAGUGGCUCAUGCUUUAUCUAAGGGCCGACGCCACCGCUGGAUCCUCGGGCGGGUAUCACUAUCCCACUCGGGGCAUGUUAAAGAUUAUUCCACAAUCGCCAAAUUUCAACGUGACAUUCAGCCUGGCCGUUUACCACGGAGGAGGUAGUAAAAGCCAAUUCUACUUGCUGGACAUUGGGAGCUGUUGGAAGAACAACGGGAUGCCAUGUGACGGGAAUGUGACAUCGGAUGUAACGAGGUAUAGCGAAAUGAUCCUCAACCCCGCCACGAAAUCGUGGUGUGAUCGGAAUACAUUCUUAGGCUGCCCUUUGUAUCACACCUUCCCUAAUGGAACAACAGUUUACCGCAAUGACACUGCCAAUUUUCCGUAUGAUGCGUACCACUACUACUGUGCACCCGGGAAUGCAGAGGGUAUUGACGACAAAGCCAAAUGUGACCCCUACAGCAAUCCCCAGCCUCAGGAGAUUGUGCAACUUUUGCCCCAUCCUGUUUGGGGUGAAUAUGGGUACCCUACCAAGCAAGGUGAGGGAUGGAUUGAUGAUCCAAGAACAUGGAACCUUGAUGUUGGCCGAUUGUCACAUAACCUCUAUUUUUACCAGGAUCCAGGUGCGGUCAAUGUUACUAGGAACUGGACAUCAAUUGAUUUGGGAACUGAAAUAUUUAAUGACCCUCGCCAAGUGGCCGAAUGGAGUGUUAGUGACUUUAAUGUUCUUGUUCCUAGACAAACCUAAGGGAAAACAAUCAAAACCCCUCCACAGGGAAACGAGAUACGAAGUACAUCAUAUUCUCUUUUGACUUUUUCUGAUUUGUUUUGAGAAAUUUUAUUUGUAUACAUUACGCACACAUUUGUGUAUAAUUGUUUGUGUUCAUAGAUAAUGUGUACACCCUUAGUUGCACCGUACACAAGUAACUCGUGCAACAUUGUUUGUGUAUACAGACAACUACGAACAAAUGUAUGUGAAAUAUGUACAAAUUUCGUGCACACAAAAAAUUGUUUAUUUUAAAUUCUGUAUUUUGGUUCCAAGAAAACCUUGUUUUUCAUUUGAGGAUGCACAUAUAUAUAUGUAUCCAUAAUUCCUUCGGGACUCU